AUGAAAGCAGCAAGAUUCCACGCCAGAGGCGACAUCCGUGUCGACGAGGUCGAAGAGCCUCAGCCCAGCGACGGUCAAGUAAUUGUAGAUGUAGAAUGGUGCGGCAUCUGUGGCAGUGAUCUCCAUGAAUAUCUGGUCGGUCCCAUCACUGUCCCAACAACCGAGCGACCUCAUCCCCUCUCGAAGGCGACCAUUCCAGUCACGCUAGGACACGAGCUAUGCGGCAAAGUCAGAUCGCCACCAGCAGGCUCGAAGUUCAAGCACGGUGAUAACGUGAUGGUCGAUCCUCGAGUGCUCUGCAACGCCUGCUUGGCUUGCAAGGCUGGGAUCUCACAUUGCUGCUCAAAGCUCGGCUACAUUGGAGGCAGCACAGGUUUCGGUGGAUUUGGCGAGACAGUCGUUGUUGAUGAAGGGAAGUUGUAUCUGCUUCCUCCGCAGAUCCCAUUGGAGUAUGCGGCUGUUCUGGAGCCGCUUGUCAUUGUGCACCAUGCUAUGAAGGUCUCUAGAAUCACCGAUUGGAGGGACAAAGACGUUUUGGUGCUUGGAGGGGGACCGAUCGGAUUUGCUCUGCUAUUGUGCCUGAAGGCCGCUGGCGCGAAGAACGUCAUUGUCUCGGAACCAACGGCUCUACGGAGGGAACAGGUGUCACACUUUUGCCAUACGGUCAUCAACCCGUCCGAGGAGAACGUACCUCAGCGGUGUAGCGAGCUCACAGACGAUCGUGGCGUGGAGGUUGUCUUCGAUUGCGCUGGCGCGCCGCGUGCUUUACCAGGAGCUCUUGAUGCGCUACAAUUUGAGGGUCUGUACAUGAUGGUAGCAGUCUGGGAACAGGAUAUCACGAUUCCAUGCUGGCAAUUCCUAGCCAAACACAUUACAAUGAAAGGCACGCUGAUCUUCGAUGACCGUGCUAUGUCGGAGGUGAUACAGAUGAUCGUUGAUGGCAAGCUGCAAGGCUAUAAGAAGAUGGUGACAGGCAGGAUCCGCUUGGACGAUAUCAUUGAGAAUGGCUUCAAGGAACUCAUCAAUAAUAAAGAUGAGCAUAUCAAGAUCUUAGUGAGUCCGAAGUCGAUUUGA